AUGGGCCCCAUUUCGACGCCGCUUCUCCGGCACAUGUACCGGCAAGCAUCUCAAGACCCAGACCGUCACUCAUUCGCUCUCUGGCAAAACCUACUGCACGAGCGAUUCCCAAACCCAGAAGUCCACUCUGUGGUAUGCGACAUCCCACCAGCCGAUAGACCGGCGCGCGAUGCCGUCGUCGUCAGCAGAUACGAUGCCGUCAGAAACACAAUGACCCCGUUGCUGUGGGUAGAAUGCAGGGUACGCGGCGGUACUGUCGAGGCUCUGGAAAGACAAGCCGUCGAAUCGGCAAAAUCGUGUCUGGAAAGAAGUGGCUUGCCAUCUCUCUUCGUCCUCACCGUGGUGGGAGUUUCGUUUCGGGUGUGGCUGUACGAAGAGGAUGCUGAACAGCUCACUUCUCUCUAUGGGAGCUCAAAUGUCGCAAAUUCGGGGCAAUAUAUCGAUGUCGAUGCAGACAAGGCAGAUCUGUUGAUGCUUUUCUUUGAACUGGCCAGGACCGGCGCUAGAAAUGUGAGAGAUGCACGAGAGCGUCUUCUGGGCCAUCUCGUGGCACAGACAAACGGUCAUAUGGAGUAG